AUGGAUUCGAGGUGCAUCAAGUUCUGGGAGGAUGGUCAAGCGUUGAUCUUCAAGGAGUUGCGUACCAUGAGUCGCUUCCUGCAGCGCAACCAGAGCCAGCGAUUCAGCGACGCCGCUCAACAAAAACUCGUCGACUGCUUGGGGCACUAUGUCGGACUGAGCAAACAGGGAGGCGUGAUGUUCCCAGUGGCAGAAGCCACGUUCCAGACAGUAAAAGACAGCCUCGCUAUGCCGUUUAAUGUGGUCGGCACGAAGCAGAAGAAGCGGUUGCUGAAAUGGUACAACGAGCUCAUCGCAAUCGUCGGUGGAGACCCGGACGCAACAAUUACUGGCGAGAUUGUUGCUGAGCCGAGUAUCGAGUGGAGUGUCAUGGACAUCGAUGAGGACGGAUUCUUGUCGCUUAUACAAGUGGAAACAGGCGAGACCAACGAGAGUUUUCGGGUAAAGAAGAAGGGCGCAGAGCACAAACGAAUCAAGACAGCAGUAGAGAACAACGAGGUCAUUGUAGUGACAAGUGGCGACGAUAUUAAGGAGAUCCGAGUGGAAAACGAAUAG